AUGUCUUCUUCUUCUCCAUCUUCUCCAUCUUCUUCCUCCUCUUCCUCAUCAAAUUCAAUACAAAAACGUCCUAGAGUGGAACCUUCUGAUAUGCCGGCUUGGGCAAACGCAUUCUCAGGAGCUAUUGGCGGUGCUGUUGCAGGACUACUUGUAUUCCCCAUUGAUUUAGUAACUACCCGUCUUCAAGUUCAAGAUAAACUUAACCUUCAAUCAGCUCUUGUUUCUUCAUCAAAGUCAUCAUCGACUCAAGAACAAGAAUUUCUGGGAAAUGAUGGGAAAAAUUCUAAAAAACAAUUAGCUACAAAGUCUUCUUCUUCUUCUUCUUCUGUUGCCACCACCACCACCACCACUACUGGACCAGAACCAUAUAAAGGUGUAUGGGAUGCAAUUUGUCGUAUUUAUCAUGAUGAAGGUGUUCUUGCAUUCUAUGAUGGAGCAGUUCAAGAUACCCUUUCAACAAUGAUUUCUGCCUUUUUCUACUUUUACGCAUACGACAUUUUACGUACCGCACGAGUACGACAUGCAUCCAAACAAGCUGCCAAACGAGCUGCUGCUUUAAGAUUAAAAUCGCAAGGUGUUGAAGGAGUAAAUACAAGGGUAGUUACAGUAACAAAAAGAACAAAUGUACCUGCUACACUUGGGGUUAUAGAAGAAUUGGCUAUUGGAUCACUUGCUGGAAUUUUUUGCAAAUUUUUUACAGCACCACUUAACAAUAUAGUAACUCGUCAACAAACUGCAGCUCUUACUGCUGCUACUUCAAAAUCUUGUUUUUCCAAAUCUACAAUUGAUGUGGGACAUACACAAGCACGACACGUUUCUGCAGCACGUGUUGCUCGCGACAUUUACAAUGAGCGUGGGAUUUGGGGGUUUUGGACAGGAUUUAGAGCUACAAUUUUACUUAGUGUAAAUCCAUCAUUGACUUAUUAUUUUUUCCAAUUACUUAAAGUACUUUUUAUUAGAGGUGAGCGUGGAAUGACAAGGGCACAACGUCAACGACGACGAGAUAAUCCUACUUCAGCAGAACUUUUUUUCUUUUCAGCAUCUGCUAAAACUUUGGCAAGUUUAAUUACAUAUCCACUUAUUUUGAUUAAAACACAAAUGCAAGUACGCCGUGAAAGUAAUGGUCCAGCAUUGGGAGCUACCUUGAUAGAUAUUGUUAAAACAAAAGGUGUACGAUACUUGUAUCAAGGAGCCAUGGGCCAAAUUUUAAAGGGAUUUUUUAGUCAAGGCAUUACAAUGUUAACCAAGGAUCAAAUUGCAAGAACAAUUAUUUACUUGUACUUUGUGUUGCACAAGUUGAAGAAAGGAUAUUAA